UUGUCUCGCGAGAGUUGGCAGCACUGGCUGUCGGACCUGUCAAUCACGGUGCCCUUGCCGCCUACUUCCGCCCCGUUUCAGAGGCAGUGUACUCUUCGAUUGUUUAUGUUACGAGCGCAUUAAUUUGACCUUAAUUCACAGGUAGUGUGUUUGGCUGUCUGUGGUGCUUGGAGAGAGGCUGGGCUGCAGGGACAGGCCGAUGGUGGAAACAUGACUUCUGAGUAACUCAUAGUUACUUUUUCUGCUCAGUAUGAACAGCGAGGAAGAGUUUUACGACGCUGAGACAGGGCUGGAGUCAGAUGAUUCCUGCGAGGUCAGUUUUAAAGAUGCCCUGGUGUUUGACAGUAAGCAGGUGACUGAUGGCAGCGCCACACAGGAGAAUGGGGUUGGGGAGCGCAGGAAAACCCUGCCUGCUGAAAUGAUCUCCAGGAACGAUUACAGUGUUUGGAGUAUACUGAAGAAAUGCAUCGGCAUGGAGCUGUCCAAAAUAGCGAUGCCAGUUGUGUUUAAUGAGCCGCUGAGCUUUCUCCAGAGAAUCUCGGAGUACAUGGAGCACACUCACCUCAUCCACAAAGCCUGCAGUUUGUCUGACUCAGUAGACCGCAUGCAGGUUGUUGCUGCGUUUGCUGUUUCGGCUGUAGCAUCUCAAUGGGAAAGGACUGGAAAGCCAUUUAAUCCUUUACUGGGGGAGACCUAUGAACUUAUAAGAGAGGACGAGGGAUACAGAUUGAUCUCAGAGCAGGUGAGCCACCACCCCCCUGUCAGUGCCUUCCAUGCCCAGUCUCUGAAGCAAGAGUUUGAGUUUCACGGCUCCAUCUACCCAAAACUCAAGUUCUGGGGCAAAAGUGUGGAGGCCGAACCCAAAGGCACCAUGACACUGGAGCUACUGAAGCAUAAAGAAGCGUACACGUGGACAAACCCAAUGUGUUGCGUGCAUAACAUCAUCUUGGGAAAACUCUGGAUUGAGCAAUAUGGAACCAUGGAGAUAGUCAACCACAGCACUGGAGAUAAGUGUGUGUUGAACUUCAGACCUUGUGGUUUGUUUGGGAAAGAGCUGCACAAGGUAGAAGGUCAUAUCCAAGACAAAAGUAAGAAGAAGCGGCGAGUGCUCUAUGGGAAGUGGACAGAGUGCAUGUACAGCGUGGACCCCAAGGUUUACGAAGCACACAAGAAGUCAGAGAAGAAGACGGGGGCAGAAUCAAAAAAGCUGAAACAGGAACAUAGUUGUGAAGGUGAGGAGGCAGAUGAGAUGCCAGAAGUUCAAGAGACUGUGACUGUGAUACCAGGAAGUGCCUUACUGUGGAGGAUAUCGCCGCGGCCUGCUCACUCAGCACAGAUGUAUAACUUCACCAGCUUUGCCAUGACACUAAACGAGCUGGAGCCUGGCAUGGAGAGACUACUGGCACCAACAGACUGCCGGCUGAGGCCCGACAUCAGAGCCAUGGAAAAUGGAGACAUAGACGCAGCAAGUACAGAGAAAGAGCGGUUAGAGGAGAAACAAAGGGCCUCACGCAGGGAACGCUCCAAGGAUGAUGAGGACUGGUCAACCAGGUGGUUUCAGCAGGGAACAAACCCUCAUACAGGAGCUGAGGAUUGGCUGUACACAGGUGGAUACUUUGACAGGAAUUACACUGACUGUCCCAACAUUUAUUGACACAGGAGGUGCUCAGUGUGAAGAUCUCCCCUCUGAUAGGAUUCACUUUAUUUCUCAGCAUCUAAGAUUUGUGUCUUUGUGACGUCCAGACGCUCACUGGUACUAUGUCUUUUGUGUGAAUCAAUGAAAAGCUGAUAUAAAAAAUUUUAUCAGACGGUUGAUCGGAUUAUGACUGUGAACCUUGUCCAUGGAAGAAAUGUUAUAUUAAGGAGAAUUUUAGAGUUUACUUACUGUAAUUGUUGAAAUCAAACAUCUACAUAUGCCCUAAUCAUGAUUCUGACAAUAAUAGUCCACGUGUAUGUUACUCACCCGUCGUCUAGGGUUUUAAACCAGUCACCUAUAUGUGAGUGUGUGAGUGUGUGUGAGUGUGUGACCAUGCUGCUGCUGCAGGACACAAAGCUCUGAUUUCUAGAGGACAUAUUCUCAGUUUUAGUUCAGAUACUCAACCAUAAUCUUACUUGUAGACGUACCACACACUUCAGUCCAGUUGCAUUCAAAUAUCAGGGGUUAUUUAAACACAUCUGUUACUUUUAUAUAUAACCUAUUUGAAUAUUAGAUGUCUAUUUUAGUUAGCUGUAAACAUCCCUAAAAUGCCACAAGUGUGAUAAUUUUCUGUGAAUAGAGACUUACAAUAGAGAUGAAAGCUGUUUAUAACCAUGUUUACUGGCACAGUAAACAGAUAUUGUUUGGUACAUUAUAUUGUCCACUGUAAUAUAGAUCAUGUGUAUAAUAAUUGGUGCAUGCAUGGUCACCAAGAUAAUUAUUUACACAAGUUAAAGCCAUAAAAACCUUACCUUCUCUGCACUAACACACAUUCACAUAAACGGUUAGAGCAAAGGGAUAUAGAGCAUAUUGGUUUAAAGCAGGAGGUUUUCAAAGUCUGACACGAUAAGAGCCAUGUUGAUGGGACAUUCUGAGCCUUAGUACAGUCAAAACAAGUCCUUGUAUUAACUAAAUUUUGGAACUACAGAUCCCAUAAUUUGAAGGCUGUAAACAGGAAGUAUAAUGUUGCCACUAGUUAGCUAGUUAGUUGUUGGCUACAACUGUUGUGUUUAGCUUGUAUUUGUUUACAUUUUGGCAAAUUGGCACCACCAAAAGUAUGCCGAAUUAACUAUUAGCAGUUCCUGUUUGCAGCGUACCAUGUAUGUACAGACAAAUAUCACUGGAUUACUUUGAUACUGAAGCCAAUUUUAAAACGUGAUGUUUCUCAGGCAAGUUCUGGAGUUAUAAGGAGCAUCUUUAGUUUAGGACUGAGACUGAGACUCUUUAGUCUGAGUUGUGACUCCGGGUAGUAGGAAUUUUGAGGCAAAUUGCAGCUCAUGUCUUCCCCUUCGCUUCACAGCUUGAUAAAAACCUCUUGUUUAAAGAGAUAGCUGUGUCAUACUGACUCCUGAUCAUAGCCAUUUGUCUUCUGACAUGGACAAGUAACUCUGUCUGUUCUCAGAGUUUCCAGUUUGAUGCCUUGAGUCAUUUUUCCAUCAAUCAAAGCUGGGUUUUCAGACACAGCAGCAGCACAUAAGACAGGACACAGUAGCCAUCAUACACCUAUGCAAACUGAUCCACCCAGUCUGCCCUCCUGAAAUGUGAAAAAUAUAAAUCAAACAGUCCUCUUUAGCUAGUAACCAAUGUGUGCUUCAGACACUACAGAGGCAGUUAAUGAAUGUUGUGUGCUGAUAAUAUAAUUCUUACAUACAUACAUACAUACAUACAUACAGCAGUGUGGUUGUUAGACAGUAGAGAGAUAUUGCAUUUUGUUUCCAAGCACUAACCUUGCAUAAACUGCACAUUUGAACACUCACAGUCCAAUGCACAUAUUGUAUCGUUAAAAUAUCCUUCGUCAUGUCUUCUCCCAUCUGUCCACACCUUUACUCUGAAUACAAAGCACUUUGUGAGGCCUGCAGACACUCGAAGGUGCAGGUUCGGUCUGACGGUUCUUUUGAUCUCAUACUCUUUACCCUCUUGUUUUGUCUAGCAUCUAUUUGAAAUUGUUUACAUCAUAUGUUCUUGUUUUUAUUUCCUCCUCAUACUGUUAUCCACACACAACCAUAUGCAUACAUGGCAUAUUUGAGAAAUAAAUUAUGGACUAUUAAAACUA